AUGAGUAAGACGCACCCACCAGAGCUCAAAAAGUACAUGGACAAGGAAAUCGAGCUGAAGCUCAACGGAAAUCGUCACGUCUCUGGAAUUCUUCGCGGAUUCGAUCCAUUCAUGAACAUGGUCAUUGAUGAAGCUGUCGAGUAUCCAAAGAACGGAAACUCCAUUAACCUCGGUAUGACUGUCAUUCGUGGUAACUCUGUCGUCAUCAUGGAGCCAAAAGAAAGAGUAUCUCACUCCUGA